AUGACAACUACUCAAAUAUUGUCUGGUUCAGCCCGUAACCAUCUUAUUACUGAAAUGGGUCAAAGAAACAAUGAUUUGGAACCGUGUCCAUUAAGUGGUGUUCCAUUUCAAGGUGUUUCCAUGCCAAUUGUGGAUAGCACCAAAAUAUCCCCACCAUUCAGUCCACUGCGACACGGCAAUGAUCCUCGUGUCGUUCGUGGGUUUACGGUGCUUGCGGCUGUGUUCCGUGGUCGUCUCGUUAGACAACUGCUAGCAACGCACAAAGUCUGUGAUCUUAUCCGAACAGUGAAGGUAGGUUUUUUCCUCUGA